GGGUGGGGGGGGGUCAGCGGCAGCAUGCUGGGGCCGAGCACGGUGGUACGCAGCGGGGGGCUGCUCUCGGGCGCCCGCCUGGGCUGCCGCGUGCGGGAGGAAGACGUGGGGCGUCGCGAGACCUUCAGCGCCGAAUGGCUUGACCUGGAGCUCAGCACCCGGCCUGAGGAGGGGUGGUGCCGGCGGGAGGUGGAUGAGCAUCGCCGGGAGACGCUGGAGCAGCGCGGGGAGGUGCGGGUGCUGGAGCAGCGCUCGCCCUGGGGGCUGCUGCGGUUUGGGUGCCUGGGGCAGCCCCUGGCCCAGCACCUCCUGCCCUACGCCCGCACCCUGCCCCUGCCCCUCUUCGCCCCCCCGGACCUCCGCGGUGCCAAGGCGGGGGUCCCCCGUACCCUCUCCCGCUCCCUCUCCCACGAGGCCCAGCGGGGCUGAGUGUGGCGAAGGGACUGGGGGGCUUGGGGGGGGCAGGAGGCUGAUGCUGGGGGGCGGCGGGGGGACCCACACGCCUGGGUCCGCUCGGCCGCCCCAAAGAGGCAGCGCAGGAGGGUGGGGGCAGGUGGGGGUGGGCUCCCGCUUGACUGGGACCCUACCCCGCAGCGGGUGUUGCGGAGGCGGGAAGGAACAGGGUGCCCGUGGUCCGGGGGGCUCCCGGCAGCGACUCGGUUUCCCUGGCAGAGAGAAGGCGAUGCAAGGAUGGGGAGCGCUGAAACCCACCUGGGGCCAAUCGGGGCCCUGGGGGGG